AUGAUUUAUUAUGAAAAUAAUCCAUAUCUACUUAAUCUACAUCAUAUUGAACGUAUAUACAAUGUGAAUCGUUAUGAUUUAUUAGUAAUCAAUUUAAUAUUCUGUUUUAUUAUUCUGGAAUAUAUGUGGUUACAUUUAUUCAAUGAAGUAAUCAAUUAUCGUUCAUCAAUCAAUAAUUUUCUCAUCAACAAUAUUCCAUUUGAUUGUAAACAAUUGAAAUCGGAAUCAUUGGAAUAUCUAAUAUCAUUGUAUUCGUUUACGAAUUUUUUUGCAAAAUUAUUACAUCGAAUUGUGGUCAUUAGUUUGAUUAUGAUUUAUUCGCUUUUCAUAGUUUUAGCAUUAAUUUUAUAUGUAAAAGAACAGAUUAAUUUAAUUCAAAUGAUUUCAUCGUUACCAUUUUUAGGUUUUUUAUCAUUGCAUUUAAUGUAUUUGAUGGGACAAUUGUUUAUCAAUUUAAAUUUUAUACUAUUUCUGGUUGAAUAUUUUCAAAUAAGAAUGAAACAUUUAUUACACAUAUCAAAAUGGGCAUCGAAUAAUCAAAUGAUGAUCACAACAAACAUUAAUGGUGAAUAUCGACGACGAAUAUUCUGGAAUAAUUUUCAUCGUAAAUAUUUGCAAUUAUAUUCUGAAACAAUUAGUUUUAGUCCAACAUUAGGUAUUGUUUUGUUUACAUUGGAAAUGAUGUCAAAAUCUUCAAUAGUUAUUUCCAUGUUGUUUUAUGUACGUCAAACACAUAUGAAUCUAUUCAUUAUAGUAUCAUUAAUGAUAGCAUUGAUGGUAUUUUGUUUUCCAAUCAUACUUUAUUCACGUGUUGCACGUUUACCAUCAUAUAAUCAAUUAUGUUCACGUUAUAUGUUGAAUUGGUCAUCACGUCCACAAUGGCUAUUGUUGAUUGGCAAUCAAAAUAACAAUAAUGAUGGAAAUAAUAAUUUUAUCAAAACAACAACAACAACAAAUUAU